ACAUACAUUUCAAAUUUUCCGUUCGAUUACACAGCCUAUCGAUUAACACACGAUUAACACAGCACGAUUCCAAAUUUCGAUCGACAUUCCCAGCGAAACGCGGGCGACGGCCACACACUUCUUUUAUUAAUAAAGCGAUAAAAGUAAAUGGUUAACAAUUGUGGCUAGCAAAGGUGGGUGGCCAAGUAUCUUCUGGCGCAGUGCGGGUUGGGCCAGUACAGUGGAACCACUUUCCCAGUUUCCGUGGAAAAGAACGAAACCUGUAACUUUUGCUGUGACCUGACGACGAAGAAGAAGAGCAACCCACGGAGAACUGCCACAACAACAACAACAAAAACGAGAACGACAUUAGCAGCAGGCCAAAUUGUUGCGUAUUGUUUUUUGUUUUUUCAGUAGGGUUCUUGGGUGCGAAAUUCGUGAAAAAAGUGUGGUUGCCAACAUACGCAUAACUUAUGUCUGAUAAAAGUGCAAAGGAAUCAUGUAUCAGUAAGAGUGCGAGCUGCAGCAGCAGGCGCAAGAGAAGGAAGUGAGCGAAAACGCAAACGAAACCCGAAGUAUAUAUUCUAGCACCAAUCGAGCAACGUGCUUUGUUGAACGAUGUCCCAUGGCGAGGAUGUGUUAGACAACUGGGAGGAAAUCGACGAGGCUGGGCUAUCCCUGACUCUGCAAACAAAGCUGCAGGCGAGCGAUCCACCUGUCCACAAAAUGAAAUUGCUCCAAAGGCCGCAGAGCCUACAGGAGUCCUCACCAAUCCUCAGCAGCGGCGGUGGUGGAAGCGGGGGCGGGAAUCCCCCGCCAAGGCAGAUCACCAUUGCCCGGAACCCCCAGCCACCGCCAGCAGAGGUUGAUCCGUCUGCCCAGCUGCAGCAGCAGCUGCCCGUCAUGAUGGUGCUGCACAAGUCGUCCAAUGACUACGAUUCGGCCACCUAUUCCACACCCACCAGCAACCAAACCGUCAAGAUACUGCGACGACCCGCCCAGGCGGAGGAGCGGCGGGACACCAACGGGAUGCGACCGAAGCAGCCCAUCAAGACGCUCAAGCAGCGCGAACAGGAGUACGCCGAGGCCAGGCUGCGCAUCCUGGGCGCUGCCAAAAACCCAGAGGAUGACAAGCCGACCACUCCCAGCGCGCCAGCUGUCAAUAGCAGCAGUGGGACUGCUCCGGCCGCGGCGCCGCCUGCCACUCCCCCAUCUGCUAACAGCAACAACAACGUCAUCAACAACAAUAGUAACCAUCCAGGAGCCGGAAUGCACCGCUCGAGUUCUGCGCCGAAGAUGUCCCAAGUGACGCCGAUGUAUAAUAACUACAACAGCUACUUCCAGGGGCCGCACAAUCAGCCUGGCCUUAACUAUUACUAUCCGCAUAACCCGCAACAUCAGCAGCAACAGCAGCAGCAGCAGUCGCCCUCGAUGCAGAAUCAUUUCAACCAACGCCUGCCGCCGUACGGAGGCGGAGGACCGGGAAUGGGCGGUGUUGGGAUGCAGGCUCAGGUGCCUCCCCAGUCCUCGCCCAAUCCGCAGCAGAGCUGGUCACCUGUUGUGGGCGGAUCAGUGUCGGCUGCCCUCCUGCGCCAACAGUCGCUGCAGUCACCGCAGCAGCACCAGCACCAGCAGCAGAAUCAGCAGCAGCUCGGCCAGCAUCCGCAUCCGUUCAAUGACCUAGUCCUGCGCUUGCCCAAGGGUCCCUGUCCGAAUGGCUCCAUAGGCUUUCAGAUGCGCCGGUAACAGACUGCAGCGAUGGAGAGUGUCCUGUCUAUUUCAAUAACUUCUAAUCUAAUUUUCAUCUUGGUACUUUGAUUCCAAAUGCAUGUUUCUAUAUUUAAAUGAAAAUCAAGCGAAAAAGCGCAACCCACGAGGCAUUGGCAUUCUGAGAUUCGUUGUCGCCGCCACACAUUUGCACUCAGGUUCUCGAUGUGGCGCGUUUUCGUUGCCCUACCCACUGGCUAGACCCGAGCAUCAAUAACUUAAACAAAUCUUAAACAAAUUUUAUGACGGACUAUGGUAGAUAUUUUGUAAAUUUACAACUCACACCACACAAUUUUGUAUAAUGCAUACUAAUAAAACGAAACGGUAAUUUUAAAA